ACUCUACGCAGUGCAAACAACAAUUACUCUGCAAAAAAUUCGUAUAGAGGUGCAGAAGGUGAUCAAACCUACACUUUCUUAUUUUAAGAUAGUUAUCAAUUUUUGGAAAGAACCUAAAUAAAAAAAGAAGCAUCGCAACCACAUGAUUCUAAUAUUUAAAAAAAUCAACUAAUCAAAUAAGAAUCAAAAUAUACAUCAUAUUCUACGUUUGUGAUUUUGUUUUAAAUAAAGCAAAGCUUGAAAACAUUUUCAAAUGGUUUUGUAAGACAACAUAAAUGCAGUGAACGUCGAUAGUGUUAACUUCUACUAGUAAUAAACUGGCACACAAUAAAGUGGUAUUUGAAAAAUAACGCAGCAUGCAUGUUCAAGAAACUGAAUUUAACUCAGACAAUUUUUUCGUUAAAAAUCCAACAAGUCGUCAAAAAUCGUAUCCAUUAUUAAAUACAGUGAUACCAGAAAAAAAUGCUGCACCUAGGAUGAUGCGACCUUCUUAUUUUCGAAGUAAAUCUAGUAUCGCAAAAUAUUCUUUUGCGUCGAAAAUUUCUGACGGUUUUACAUUUACCGUAAAAAAAGAGAAUAACCAAGAUAAAGACUCAACAGAAAAAAAACGUGGUCUUCAUGAUUUAAAGUUGCCGUUCAUAGACAAAAAUAAUAUUCAAUGUUCUGUUGGAUCAGAAAUAUGCUCAACUAAUUCAUUUAAUCAAUAUUUUAAAUCGAAGGCAUGUCGAAGAAAAAAGAUUGAGCAAAAGAGUAGUUGUCCAACAGAUUCUUUUAGUUUAGAAACUCAGUCAAAUGGUUCUGAACAGCUUUCACCCUUUUCCAAAUAUCAUUCAAAUCAAUUUGAAACAGACAUUUGUGAUUCUUUACCAAUGCAGGUUGACACUUCAGGAAGUCUUAUUACAAAAUAUGACGUUCCGUGUCCUUUGUUUCAAGUAGAAAUACUUAAAAGUAUAAUAAAUGAUGCAGUAGAAGAAUACAAGUUCGCAGUGCACGAUGCAAUUGUAAAUCUUCAAAUUGAGAUGAUUCGUCAAUUGGAAAUGCAAAAGGAACAAAUACGUCAAACGAUACAACAUCAGACAGUUAAUAAAGAUCUGGUCUCUGAAGUUAACAGAUUACGAAUAGAGAAUGAACAGUUGCGUUUAACGUACAAAUAGAAAAACUCAAACAAAGAACUUCGAUCCACAUAAAUGUUUAAUUGUAAAUUUCUUUUUAAAUUUAGAUGUAAAUUUCUCUCUACUAAUUCAAAAUAAA